AUGGCCCUCUCACAGUUCAGAAAAUUGGACGUAAAGUCCAUGAAACAGUUAUUCGAAGAAAAAGAGCGUAAAAACAGGCAACGCGCAGAGCAGAAGCGUCGACACGAGCGCGAAGAGCAGCAGCAGCAGCAGAAACAAGCGCAACUCCCAUCAACGGCCCUUGCAACACUACUUGGACAGACCGUUGGAGUUCUGGAUGCGACAGGGGCCCAGACCACAAGCUGGACAAGCGCCGACCCUUUCGCUAGCAUUGGCAACCUUGACUUUGAUUCCGGUGAGAAUCUUGGAAUCGGCGAAGCGUACACACAAUGCGACUUCGCGUCCUUGGGGUCCACAGAACCGCCUUGUGAGAUCGGUGGUAUCCUAUCGACAAUGCCAAAACCCACAUUUGCAGACGAUAUCAACUCACAUUCGCCAUUUGGUUGUCUUGCGCACCCCUUCCUGCUCAGCCUUCCACAAAACGAGCCCCUCAUGACGAGGCAAAUCCAUCUUCGGCUGAGGAACUGUCAUUGGCUCUUGACCUAG